ACUGUAGCCAUGACCAUGGGAAAGAUCAUCUUCUACGAGGACAGGAACUUCCAGGGUCGCUCCUAUGAGACCAGCAGCGACUGUGCCGACAUGUCCUCCCACCUGAGCAGGUGCCACUCCUGCAGGGUUGAGAGUGGCUGCUUCAUGGUCUACGACCGCACUAACUUCAUGGGAAACCAGUUCUUUGUGAGGAGGGGAGAGUACGCUGACUACCAGCGUUUGGGCAUGACUGAUUGUAUCAGGUCUUGCCGCUUAAUCCCCAUGCACAGAGGCCAGUUCAGGAUGAGGAUCUACGAAAGGGAGAACUUCGCCGGUCAGAUGCAGGAGCUGGUUGAGGACUGCGACAACAUGGUGGACCGCCUCCAUAUGUCCGACUGCAUGUCCUGCCACGUGCUGGAGGGACACUGGCUGAUUUACGAGCAGCCCAACUUCAGAGGCAGGAUGGUCUACCUGAGGCCCGGAGAGUACAGGAGCUUCAGGGACCUGGGACUGGGAGUUCUGAAGUUCAUGAGCAUGAGGCGUAUCAUGGAUUCCUGUUAUUAA